GGCACAAAGUUGCUGUGGAUCCGGUGCGAAUGUCACUGCUGUAGCGGAGACACCGAGGAGGUGGAAGAGGGAUUAACGACGGCUAACGGCGAGACCGCUUCGGGAAGACGACGUUUGUGCCCUUCUUUUUGUAGAAGAACCGCUGCCGCCUUUGUCGAUUGACUGGAAAAAAGGAGCAGUUGUCCUGCUGGCGUUUUCGUUUGUGUAUCUGUCUGUUUUGGAGAUUUAGGGAUGAACUGAAAAUGAAUGUUAACCAGCAACCUCACAUGGCCUCUCCUUAUGGGCAGCCGCAGCCUGGCUACCAGGGCUACCCCCAGUCUGGCUAUGGGGGCCAGCACGUGCCAGGGGGUUAUCCAGCACCAUACGCACCAUACAAUGGCCCUGCAUCUGCCUAUCAACCAGGCCCACCUCAAGGAUAUUCUCCUUAUGCAAGCUUUCCCUCUAAGGCUCUUGCAGCAAACUUAGUCUCUGACCUGUCCUCUUCCUCUCCUCUUGACUUAGGUAUGAGAGGGCCCCCCACCUCCGGGGCACCCCCAGUGUCUGCUGCUCAGGCAUAUUCACAGUUUGGACAGGGUGACAUACAGAACGGACCACCACCUUUGGGUGCCCCACCACAGAGUAGACCACCAGUGUCUCAGCCAUACAGUCAAGGAGCGAUGAACCUCUCUGGUCCCCAACCUCCAUAUAACCAGCAAUUUGGAGCACCACCAACCAGUAUGCAGCAGAUGACUACUCAAAUGGCAAGCAUGCAGGUUGGGUCUACUGUACCUUCUCCUGCUGGCCCAGGCUAUGCUCCUCCCACAGUCUCCCAGCCUUCUGUCUCUGCUGCUUAUACACCUUCAGCUCCUUCUUCUUUUGCCCCCACAUCUACUGUUCCUACACAGCCCCCAUCAACUGAGGGUACACCUCAGCCCUACUAUGGGGCUCCUCCUCAGCAGCCUUUCCCAACUGCAGCCCCACCUUUCUCUGCACCUGGUCCCACCCAGCCUCCUGGUCCUCCUCUUGCCUCUCAGCAGACUUUCCCUCAAGCUCCUCCUCCUUCGCAGCCUCCAUUUUCUUCGGCUCCGCCACAGGUUCCUCCUGCGUCAUAUGGAGGCCCACCUCCCCCUGUGCAGGCAUCUCAUCCCAGGGCAGCACCUCCCACUUCCCAGCCUGCUGCAUUCCCUGGAGGACCCCCACCCACCUCUACCCCAACUCAGUAUACUGGACCACCCAUGCAACAGCCUCCAGUGUCCCAGCCCUCCUCUUUCCAUUCAGGACCUCCUCCUCCACCGACUAGUGCUGCUGGAUUUCCACCCCAAGGAGGUGCUCCUCCCAGGCCUCCACACCCAGGUAUACAGGGUCCCCCUCUGGCCUCUCAGGGGCCUCCGAUGUCCCAAGCAAACCAUGUAGCUCCCCCACAGCCUGGUAUGCUAGCUGGGCCCCCUGUUCCAGGUAUGGCAGGACCACCACCACAGCCAGGGAUGCAGGGCUAUCCACCUCAGCAGAAUGGUGCUUUUGGGCAGGUGAGGGGUCCACAGCCUGGCUAUGCUGGACCAUAUCCUGGGCAGCAGAGCUAUGGAGCUGCGCCUCCUGCGCAAGCUCCUGCACCUCCUGCACCGAAAAGACUCGACCCUGACUCCAUCCCUAGCCCGCAAGCCUCUGACAUACCGCCUGUGCAGAAAACAAGACAUAGAAUAGACCCAGACGCUAUUCCCAGCCCAAUUCAGGUGAUUGAGGAUGACAAAGCAAACAAGGGCAGCGAGCCUUUUGUUACAGGGGUCCGAGGUCAAGCCCCACCCCUUGUCACAACUAACUUUCAUGUUAAAGAUCAAGGGAAUGCCAGUCCACGGUUUAUCCGCUGUACAGCCUAUAACAUACCCUGCACAUCAGACAUGGCCAAACAGUCCCAGGUGCCCUUGGCUGCAGUAAUCAAACCAUUGGCUACUCUGCCUCCAGAUGAAAAUUCCCCAUAUAUAGUGGACCAUGGGGAAAGCGGCCCUAUUCGCUGUAAUCGUUGUAAGGCCUACAUGUGUCCCUACAUGCAGUUCAUUGAGGGUGGCCGGCGCUUCCAGUGUGGCUUCUGCAGCUGCGUCACAGAGGUGCCUCCCCAUUACUUCCAGCAUCUGGACCACACAGGGAAGCGCGUAGACUGCUAUGACCGACCGGAACUCUCCCUGGGCAGCUAUGAGUUCCUAGCCACAGUGGACUACUGUAAGAACAAUAAGAUUCCUCAGCCCCCUGCCUUCAUCUUCUUGAUUGAUGUGUCAUACAAUGCUGUGAAAAAUGGCAUGGUGAGAAUUGUGUGCCAGGAGCUCAAGACCUUGUUGGACUAUUUGCCCAGAGAGAACCCUGAUGUCCAGUCCAAUAUACGAGUAGGGUUUGCAACCUACAACAAGGUACUGCACUUCUAUAACGUAAAGGCCUCUCUGGCCCAGCCUCAGAUGAUGGUGGUCUCAGAUGUGGCAGACAUGUUUGUACCCCUACUGGAUGGAUUCCUUGUCAAUGUCUCAGAGUCCAGAGUUGUGAUUGAGAGUUUGCUGGACCAGAUACCCGACAUGUUUGCAGACACACGGGAGACCGAGACAGUGUUUGGCCCUGUUAUCCAAGCAGGACUGGAAGCUCUCAAGGCUGCAGACUGUGCUGGGAAGCUGUUUGUCUUCCACACCUCUCUCCCUAUUGCUGAGGCGCCAGGCAAGCUGAAGAACAGAGAGGACAAAAAACUAGUGGGCACAGACAAAGAAAAGUCAUUAUUCCAGCCCCAGGUGAGUUUCUACGCUAACUUGGCAAAGGAGUGUGUGGCGCAAGGCUGCUGUGUGGAUCUCUUCUUGUUCCCUAAUCAGUAUGUGGAUGUGGCAACGUUAGGGGUGGUUCCCACGUCAACAGGUGGCUCUGUCUACAAAUACACCUAUUUCCAGGCCCAGUCUGAUCAGGAGCGGUUCCUGAACGACUUGAGGAAAGACAUACAGAAAAAGGUGGGCUUUGACGCAGUGAUGAGAGUCCGCACCAGCACUGGUAUCCGGGCCACAGACUUUUUUGGUUCGUUCUACAUGAGCAACACCACUGAUGUGGAGCUGGCAGGCCUAGACUGUGACAAGACUGUCACAGUGGAGUUCAGACAUGAUGACAAACUCAGUGAGGAGACUGGUGCACUCAUGCAGUGUGCUGUGCUAUACACAAGCUGUAGUGGUCAGCGGCGGCUACGCAUCCACAACAUGGCAGUUAACUGCUGCGCCCAGCUGGCUGACCUUUACAGGAACUGUGAGACAGAUACCAUCAUAAACUUCUUCGCCAAGUACGCAUAUCGCUGUGUACUGAAUAACCCUACGAAGAAUGUGCGGGACAGUCUAGUGAACCAGUGCGCCCAAAUCCUGGCAUGCUACCGCAAGAACUGUGCUAGCCCAUCUUCUGCUGGACAGCUGAUCCUCCCGGAGUGUAUGAAGCUGCUCCCUGUUUAUCUGAACUGUGUACUGAAGAGUGAUGUUCUGCACCCUGGAGCUGAUGUCUCCCUGGAUGAUCGUGCCUACCUGAGACAGCUGGUCAGCGCCAUGGAUGUGGCAGAGAGCCAUGUGUUCUUUUACCCACGACUGCUUCCAGUGCACAAGCUGGAUGUGGAGUGCGACACUCUUCCAGUGGCCAUUCGGGACUCUGAAGAGAGACUGUCUAAAGGAGGAAUAUACCUGCUGGAGACAGGACUCAACCUUUUCCUCUGGGUGGGGGCCAAUGCGCAGCAGGAGCUGCUUCAGAACAUAUUUGGCACUCCUGCCUUCGGCCAGAUAGAUUCCAACAUGACAUCUUUGCCAAUUUUGGAUAAUCCUUACUCGAAGAGGGUGAGGGAGAUUGUUGAGUCUUUCCGUGCACAGCGCUCACGUUACAUGAAGCUGAUGGUGGUAAAGCAGGAAGAUAAACUGGAGCUCAUCUUUAAGCACUUCCUUGUGGAGGAUAAAAACAACAGUGGUGGGGCGUCUUACGUGGACUUCUUGUGUCACAUGCACAAGGAGAUUCGCCAGCUCCUGAGCUAGGAGAGCUCCCCCCGACACUUUUACUCGGAUGCGCUUUAUCCUUUUUAUUUGACAUAAUAAUAAAUUAAAUUCCUCCUCCCAUCAUCAUCUCCUCCUCUUAUGUAAUCUUCUCCUGGGUGAGGGGGGGGGGGCACCUGUUGGGAUCAGGCAAGGAUGCUCUGCUAGACUCUACUAGAGGUCUGGAUGGUUUUUGCUGAAGGUUGCAAGUUUCAGGAGACUUUGUCCGUGUGUGUGUAUAAGUUAUGUAUGAGAUGUUUUGAUUGAUUCACCCCUCCUCAUAACUGAUAUAAGGAUCACUUUUAUUCAGAACAAGAAAAGUACCAUUAAGUACAAAAUUAACAAUCAAGAGGUUGGAGCUAAAACGAGCUUCAAAAAUGUGUGCUUGUGCAUGUUUGUGUGUUAGGACUGUGAACAGGUUGAUAUUUGGGGUUGCGGGACCCUGGCACUGUACUGUGGGUGGGGUAGGGUGGGCUGGGGGGUGAAGAAACUGACAGCAUUAAUGAUUGAACCAGACAUUCUUAAAACAACAUAAUGAGAUCCUUAAGAAACCUUCCAAAUAACUUAUUGUUAUCACUGUUUUGUUCAGUUAAUCCUUGUGUUCGUUAUUCUCCUUCAACCAUGGCCUUACUGAUCCCAUUUCUCACCCACUCUCCUGCUGUUCUGUUGUGGUUUUUUUUUUUUUUUUUUUUUUUUUGUUACGAGUCAUUGUAAUCGUUAUUGUUUUUAAAGUGUGAAAAGAAACCUUUGACUAAUAGAUUAUAUGGGAAGCUGAGUGUAUUUUAAGUGUGCUCUUCACUGUCCAUACAAACAUCUUAACUCUUGAGAUAUUACUCACUAUUAAAAUUCUAUGCAUCAGCUUAGCUGCGGAUGGAGGAACUGCGUUAUCUAAAUUAAAUGGGAACAGAAAUUAUCUGUCCUGGGCCUCCUGUUAAGUGGGCAUACAUAGCGCUGUGAUGUGGUACGCGCUCUGAUAAUGGAUGAAGGAUUCUCCUAUUGUGGAGAGGGUAUGGACCCUUUUGGAUACCUCUCUGACUGGGCCGCACGUUGUAGUUCAGAUAAGCCAGCUGGACGGGAAUUCAUCAGUUGAGCUUUUCUAAAAAAGAGGAUGGGGAAUUGUAGUCCAUAUGAGUAGUCUGUCUUCAAACGAGGCUUCACUAUUUGGACAUAUAUUAAAAGAGCAGGAACAAAAAUAUACCUUACUGUUCCUGGUGUCUGGAUUUUGUUUAUUUCUUUCCUUUCUGUUUCGAUUUAUGAUCCACUGUUAACCACAAAUGUCCUGAUCAUCCUGUUUCGUUUUUGAUCUAAUAUUGUUUUCUAAAUCUGUUUUGAAAGGUUAUAAUCCUGGGGCACGUGCAGUCUGGUGCAGGUUUCUGCAAAGUUAAGCAUGAGCACUUGCCUGCCCUGCUUUUGUCUUUCUUUCUAGCAAAAUCUUUGUACAAUGAAAGAAUAUGGCAAGAGUGGAGUGAGUGAUUUAGAACGGGUGAUUUCUUAACCGUUUUCAAAGUGAGCGCUGUUGUCAAGCACAUACGGGAUUGUGACCUGAAAAGCAAUCAACACUGAAUACCUUGUCAUCACAUUUAUUACAUGUACAGAAUUAAAUCACAUUUUAAAAACUACGCUCAAUUAGUGUGCUUUGUUGGCUGCGUUUAGUGAUUUUUAAAAAAGAAAAAAAACUGCCCAUCAUAUCUGUGAAGGCUAGGACAGAGAGUGUUGCACCAUCUCAGACUUCCUCUUUCUAUCUGUCUUUCUUUUGAUGUUCUGUUUUUGUUUCUUUGUAUUCGUUUUUAAGUCUUCCCUUGUCUUCCAGAAUACUUUCACUGCUCCUGUGCCCUGGUGAAGUGAGAUUUGGAGAGGGUCUAAGAGAACUUCUAAAUGAUAUCUAACCCACUGUAAUCUUGCCUGUAUUUGUGUUGUUCAAAGGCACAUCCCAGUGAAAUUCUUUAAACAUAUGAAGAACUGAGGGAUCUGCCUUUAAACAGUGACUUUUAUUUGUCCUUUUGCUUUUCUUUUGUAUUUUUUUUCCAAACCCUUCUAUCUGUUCCUGGCUUUGUUCACCAGAACCUCACAGUCAUUCAACUAUCUGUUCAUAAGCUUAGAAUUGACAUCUACUGUUCCAUUUUUGCCAUCUGACUGCAAAUAAACUGGUUGCUUUGUUUGUCACAUAAUGGCUUCUGCAGGCGGUUGAGUGUAUGCACCACCUCAUGAAUCACUUUCUGAGUUUGCUCUUUGUAUGUUUCUCACUUGUAUGUGCUCUUCUGAUCCUUUCACUCAUGGCAUUGCAAAAGAAGUGUGACCCAGGAAUGACCUUAAAAUUGGAAUAUCAAACUAUUAAAGUGGUUGUUUUAGAAUAUUA